AGCCGAGGAGGAGGACGCAGAGGGAGCCCUCUCGCUUCCUCAGGAGCAGAGCCGCCAAAAGCGAUGGAGAAGGGGGCUUUCUCCACUCCAGAGCUCCCCUGCCUUGGCAGCCAAGCCCCCCAAUCCUGGGCAGAGGAAGUUACAUCAGUAUGCAUAAUAAAGCGAUAGGAGAGCAGUCCAGGCUGUUUGGAAGUGGACUCUUUCGUCUCUUUCUCACGGUCUGUUAAGUGUGCAACUGGCAGGGCAGAAAACUUCCUGAGAACAUCCAGGGAGUACAUGAAAUUCACACGCUAAAAGGGGUGAAGGGAAUCUGGCAGACGCGCCAAGAGAAGUUAUUAGAAGGGCAUGGACGUGCGUUACAGUCUGCAUUGUCUUGACACAGUUUAUUUUAUGGACUCGUAUUUUUGAACUGGAAUCUGAACAGAGGAGGUGUCAUUAUGAAUCACCAGGCUGCAGCUCCUACGACAAAAGGUGGUAAUUAUCUGAGCAUAAAGGAUUCUGAAUCUCUUGAUACCUAUAUCCAGAAUACACUUUCUUCUCUGUAUCCGCCUUUUGAGGCUACCGCUGCUACUGUUCUGUGGCAGCUUUUCAGCAUUGUUGAAAAAUUCUAUCACGGCGAUGGUCUCAGAUGUCUAAUUGAUUUCCUGGUUCCUGCCAAGAGACUCUUACAGUGUAUCCAACGGGAAACCUGUGACAAUUAUGCUGGCCUUAUUUUCUGCCAUGAAGGGUGGCCAUUGUGUAUUCAUGAGAAAGUCGUAGUACAAUUGGCAUCUCUCUGCAAAGUUCGUUUAAAACCAGGAGAUUUUUACUUCCAGAUUGUGCCAGUGGGAAAGCAGUCUGUCAGCUUAGUAUUAAAAUGUCUCUCCAGACAUGGACAUGGAAUAGAAGAGCUUCUUGUACCUGAGACCAUGUAUGGCUAUAUUUUCACAACACAGUUUUUGGAAAAUUUAAAUUGUCAAUGGAAUGGAAGUCCUUUGCAGAGCUGCUUGCUGACAACAGGCCCAGCUGUAUAUAGGACACCUUGGGAAAAUAUUGUGAAUCCUACUUUUGUUCCUAACACUGAAAAAGUUAUUCAAAGAUACACAAAUAAAUCUCUGCUUGACAAGUUAAGCAGCAGCCUUGAAGCUGAAAUCAUGACACAGACCAUGGAAAACAACAACUUCCAUGAGGCCCCUCCAUCUAAUGAUGCUUGCGCUACUGUGCUAGAGGUACCGUUUGCAAACAGCUGUAAAACUCAAGGCAAUGAUCAUUCUGGUCUUUGUGAUGGAGGUAGAAGCCAGGCUGAAAUACCAAGUUUAGAACUUCCAACUGAAAAUGUAAGAGAACAUGACAUAAAUUCAGUAGCACAUCCUGAGGAAUGCCAGCGUAUCGCUUCAGUGGUAGAGCAUGUUACUAAGGAACCGAGAAAGGGAUUUGACUUGACGUCUGAUUUUUUACAAGAAAAUGCAUCAAGUUCUCCACUAGCAAAAGGUUGUGUCACCAAAAGCAUAACUUUUGGCACAGACAUGAGCAGUUCGCAUCAAAAAGGGCAGGAGUCUUUGUAUUUCGAAAGAAAGCGCUUAUUUAGAAAGUCAUAUAUAGAAGCUUUGCAAAAUCCAAUGAAUCUAGGUUCUAGCUCUGAGGAAUCAAUUGCAGAAGAAGAACCUUCUAAACAUAUAAAGGACACAAGACACAUGGAUGAUGUUGAUGUUCAGCAUGAAAGCUCUUGGUCAGCAAGAUUUUCAAAAUGUGUGGAAACAAGAGAGGCCAUUAGAUUUUGUCAGCAUUCCCAGGCUUCUGAACAACUUCCUGUAUACCAUCAAAUUUCUCCAGAUGAAGAUUCCAGGUCAGGUUCAGGAAGAUCACUAUCAUUACAUAGAACACAUAAGAAUUCACCAAGUAAAGAUUAUAAUCUUGGUGAGUCCUCAGAUGGAGAAUUCAGUGCAAAUUCACCAAAAAUCAUAAAUGGCCAUUCUAUGAAGCUGGAGAACUUACACGAUUUCACCAGUACCAGAAACAAAAAGGAUGAAGAUCCAGAAGACUCCAAAAUUGAAUUUCUGAAUUAUAAAUCUAAUGUAAAUGCUGGCUGCCAUGAGAAUCAAUUGCUCUCUGCAGACCCAGAAGAUCCUGAGCAUUUGUUACCAAGCCAGUUGUGUGAAGUUAAUGAAGAAUUAUUGCAUUCUGGAGUAAUUUCUCUUUGUGGAAACAGGGAUCGUGGUGGAAGAGCAGUAGUGCAAGUCAGCAUGAGAAAUGAUGUCUGGUUACACAAGCAUUCCAGAGUCACUGAGCUCACACAACUUCUACUAUAUUUCUACAAUAUUCCUAGAAAGGAGGUUCGUGCUUUGGGGCUGCUUAUUUUGGUGGAUGCUCGCAAGCGUCAGAAUCUCUCUUUCCUUUUCAAAGCAUUGGCAACAUUACAGAGUGCUGUUCCUCAUUCCAUCCAUUGUGCUCUGAUAUUGACUGAUAAGGAGUCUGCUUUUAGACUUGACAAAGACAUUCAGUUUCAGUGUGAAGUUCUCACAUCACUGAAGGCAUUGCAUCGGUUCAUUGAUUGCACCCAACUGACAGCAGAGUAUGAUGGAACAUUCCCUUACAAUCAUAAUGACUGGAUAUGUUUCCGGAGGAAACUUGAGCCAUUUGUUACGAACUGCAGAGAGGCGAUUGUUUUUUUACAGCAUUCUGCAUGUUCGCUCAACAGUACUCUGAUACCAGCUUCUGCACAAGAGGUGAAAGAUUUAAUGGAUAAACACAAAACAAUGAUGAAACUUGUUUUGGAAGAUGAACUGUUGGUGACCGUAAGACUUGAAGGCGGUACAAUGCUUGCAAGGCUUAGGAAGGAGGAGUUCUGCAACACAGAAGAUUAUCGAGAUGCCAUGGAGGUAAUAACGAAGCUGUAUAAUCAAGUAGAUGAGGAAGUUCAUAGGCUGGUUUUGUUGUCUAAUAAACGCUUUCAACAACUAGAGACUCUCUUGGCAAUGAGAAAUUUUGAAGAAGGCUUUGAAGAGAUAAAAACCUGGUUUGAAAAUGAGAAAGAAAAAUAUCUUGGGCCUUUGAAUCAAGAAGAGCUUUCAUAUGAAUAUGUGAAAAGGAAGCAGGAAGAAUUCCUGGUUUACAAUGAAAAAGUGGUGCAAUACUCUCAGAGAGGACUACAAUUAAUAAGGGAGAAUUCUUCAUUAAAAUCUGAUGAAGAAUGUCAAGACUUUGAUAAGUAUCUGAGUAGCCUCAGCAUUCAAACACAGAAGAAGAAAGCUGAACUGGAGAAGAUGGUGAAGCUCUAUGAAUUUUAUGAAAAAGCUGACAAGUGGGUGGUUCAUUGCAAUGAAUAUCUUGAACAGCUUUCAGUGGAAGCAGAAUAUUCUCAAGCAACAGUUCAAUCUUUACAAAGUUACCACCAAGAAGCUAUGAAAAUAUCUUCAGAAAAUUUUCACAAAGUCAAUGAGGUUUUAAUUGGUCUUGAUAAGAGAGAGAGUGAAUUACAACAAUGGAAUACCUUAUUUCUCAAAUGUCAGCAAACCAAACAUCGGUUAGAAGAAGAGCUUUCAAAAGCAAUACAAGGAGGAACCAGCCAGGAUACUGGGCAAAAGAGCAACCAUAAUCUGGGAAGCAAAUCUAUUCAGCACAGCUGUUCUAGCCUUUGUUCUAGAAAUGCCGAUAACUUCUGGGAUAGUACACCACCCAACGCAUUUCAGCAUGGCAGCCUGCUAGUGGGUACAUCAUCUUUUUUAAGUCAGGAAAAUAUUCAAAACACAACACUUUGUACUCCACAUAAAACUGUUCUGCCACAAACACACACUCCACCAUUGGGCGAGUUUCAGAGGACUGCCCACAUUUCAGAAGAUUUGGACAACAUUUCAACCUGCUAUUCAGAACCAACCCAGACAUCUACAACCUGGCACAGGAAACACCCACUGAAGAAAAUCAUGAAGAAAACACAAAGCUUUGAGUUGGCCCGACAUGAGAGCAAGCACUAUGAACUGCAUCAUCAUGGAUAUACUGGGGUUUACAUCAGAGGACUAGAAGUUGCUAGUAAUGCCGUGGCAGAGAAGAGAAACACACAUCGGUCAAAUAUUAAAAGCCCUCUAACUAGUAAAAAACACAAUUUAGUAUCACCAUCAGGAAUCGACCACACAGAAGAUCAAGGAGAGAAGAAAAGCUGGGGGAGCAGUAAACUAAAUCACAUAAUGGACGAGAUGAUUACAACAGAAAGGGAAUAUGUCAGAUCCUUAGGCUAUAUCAUUGACAGCUAUUUUCCUGAAAUGGAAAGGGAUGACUUACCUCAAUAUUUACGAGGAAAGCGGAACAUCAUCUUUGGAAAUUUAGAAAAACUCUAUGACUUCCAUUGUCAGUAUUUCCUGAAAGAAUUGGAACACUGCAUAGAUUUUCCACUGCAUGUUAGCCACUGUUUCCUCAGACAUGAAGAAGAGUUUGGGAUGUAUGCCUUAUAUAGCAAGAACAAGCCCCAGUCAGACACUUUGCUUAUAAGCCAUGGAAAUGCCUUCUUUAAAAAUAAGCAACAGGAAUUGGGAGAUAAAAUGAAUUUGGCUUCUUACUUGCUGAAACCUAUACAGAGAAUGAGCAAAUAUGCACUCCUUUUGAAAGAUCUGAUCAAGGAAUGUUCAGCAGGACAAGAGCAAGAGCUUGAUGCUCUCUGUGCAGCUGAAGAAAUGGUCAGGUUUCAGCUUCGUCAUGGAAAUGAUUUGCUCGCAAUGGAUGCCAUCAAAGGAUGUGAUGUCAAUCUGAAAGAACAAGGGCAGCUGAGAUGUCAAGAUGAGUUUAUUGUUUACUGUGGCAGAAAGAAGUAUUUGAGGCAUGUCUUCCUUUUUGAAGAUCUCAUCUUGUUCAGUAAGACAAAAAAGAUUGACGGGGGAUACGACAUUUACAUGUACAAACAGUCAUUUAAGACAGCUGAGAUUGGAAUGACAGAGAAUGUUGGAGAUAGUGGAUUGAGAUUUGAAAUCUGGUUUCGAAGAAGAAGAAAAUCUCAGGACACCUACAUUCUUCAGGCCAACUCAACAGAAAUCAAGAGUGUAUGGACAGAUAUCAUAGGAAAGAUUCUUUGGAGACAAGCCUUGAGAAACAGAGAACUCCGAAUGCAAGAAAUGGUCUCUAUGGGCAUAGGGAAUAAACCAUUUAUGGAUAUCAAGCCCAGCGAUGCAGCUAUAAGUGAUCGAGCUAUAGACUUCAUCAUGAAGGGAGCAGAGUCAAGGACUCGUGCCUCAAUAGCUGUUUCUUCAUUUGACCACUCUACACCAUUUAAGAGGCCCCAUUCCACGAUCUCAAACAGCAGUACAUCUUCCUCCAGUAGCCAGUCGUCUUCUUCCAUCCUGGGAUCACUAAACCUGCAUGUAUAUUCUACUCCAUCUCCUUUUGCUUUAGUGGGGCCACCCAUCAACCACUGGUCAUAUGAUGUCAGAACCUGUAUUGAAGAAGAUGAAUUGGAACAGGAAGUUGGAAGUCAGCCCUCAGUGGAGAGUUCUGAGUCAUCCCAGGACACGUCAAGGGAGAGCACAAGCAGUUUCAGCAGCUCUGUCCUCUCUGAGUUCUCCCCAGUCCUUACCAAGACAUUUCGGGACGAAGGUUCAAAGCUUUCAUCAGAAUGCAGAUCUCCUUCUCUUUCAGAGAAAAAUCCCAGGUCAAAACCCAGUGGAGAAUAUAUCCUAGCUAACAAAACUUCACAUAUAUUAGGCCUCUCAACCAUGGUUUGACAGACAAUACUUUUCAGGCAAUAUAUGAUAAGGACUGCUGAAAUUUGAACCACGUAACACCAACAGCACUAUUUCCAGGUGACCUUCUUCUGUUCCUUCAAUAAUUAAAUGUAUGCGUAUUUGUAUAUAAUAAAUAUGGUUUCCCCACAUCCAUUUACUUUUUUGUAUAGAUGAUGAGAGUUAGAUGUUACUAUAUUUUUGAAAAUCCUGUAAAUCCGGAAAACUUUAUGUAUACAGAUUAAAAAUGUACAAAAUGUUUUGAACCUAUUUGUAAAUAUUUAUUCUCCUGUUUUGUAAAUGUUUCUUCAGUACAGAUUUUAAAAGAAAUUUCUGGUACAUUCUAGAAUAUGGGGAUUUUUCUAGAUGGUAAGCACUGAAAUAAACUUGUGUAACUAUUAGUAAGUUCUUAAACAUUUUCAGAGCCUCCCUCCAUAUAGGUAACAGAGCUUGUUUGUGCUUCAGCAUGUGACGGUUUUCUAAAUACCUCAUAAUCAAACCCGUUUGCUCUUGGUUGCAGACAGCACCUCACACUGAGCACAUCAUGACAAAGAUGUGUGAUCAUGUAACAUGGUGUCUGUUUCAGAGUUCAACUUGCUCAGAAACCUCCCCACUCCAAAAAAAAAAAAAAAAAAAAUGUCUAUCCCUGUGUGAAGAACAGACUUAAAAGCAAGAGGGAUGACUAAUUUUCCCCAAGAGUUAAGAAGAAGGCUUUUGAAUGCUAAAUGGGUUCUUACCUUUUCCUGUGCCUACUAAACACACUGAGUGAUAACUCAGUGAAUACAAUACAUCUUGGCCUUGCAUGGCUAUUGAAAAAAAACAACCCAGAAUUGUUCCCUUCAUAGAAUCAUAGAAUCACAGAGUUGGAAGAGACCACAAGGGCCAUCCAGUCCAACC